AAAAAACUACAGCAUUAUGUGAGGAGGUCAUGUGACAAGCACAGAUACUCUUUCCUGUCCAGAGUGAACUUCGCUCAGACAAACACACUUCAGAUUUAAACGGAGUGUUUGCGCGUGACGCUUCUCGACUUGUGCUGCAUCAAGAAAGUAUGGAGAUCACAUUUAGCGGGAAGCGUGCUUUGGUGACAGGAGCUGGCAAAGGGAUCGGACGGGCCACGGCACUGGCUCUGGCUCGCUGUGGGUCAGAGGUCACGGCUGUCACACGCACUAAGGCUGACCUGGAUAGCCUGGUGCAGGAGUGUCCCUCCAUCAAGCCGGUCUGCGUGGACCUGUCAGACUGGGAUGCCACAGAGCGGGCGCUGAAAGACGUCGGUCCGGUGGACCUCCUGGUGAACAAUGCAGCCUACCCUAAUCUUCAGCCCUUCCUGGAAGUCACGCCAGAUCAGUUUGACAUGUCUUUCAAUGUCAACGUGAAAGCUGCACUUCACGUUGCCCAAAUCGUGGCUAGAGGAAUGAAGGCCAGGGGAAGUGGAGGAUCUAUUGUGAACAUCUCGAGUCAAGCAUCACAGUGUGCCCUGAAAGAGCAUGCUGUAUACUGUGCCACUAAAGCAGCGCUGGACAUGCUGACCAGAGUGAUGGCGCUGGAGUUAGGGCCGCAUCAGAUCAGAGUAAACUCAGUGAACCCGACCGUAGUGAUGACUAGGAUGGGAAAGAUUGCAUGGAGUGACCCAGAAAAAGCCAAAAGCAUGACGUCACGCAUCCCACUGGGGAAGUUUGCAGAAGUGGAGGAUGUGGUGAACUCCAUCCUCUUCCUCCUCAGCGAUAAGAGCGCCAUGACCAACGGGGUGAUCCUGCCCGUGGAUGGAGGUUUUCUGGCUUGCUAAGAGCAAACAUCAUCAUGCACGGGUGAAUGAGGUGGAAUGAUGUCUGUAACCGGUUACUACAUAUCUGUUCCUCACACAAAGCUAUCGUAUGGCUUGGAUUACAGCGCAUCUGCUUCCUCUUUUGAGUUUUUAAUAAAUGGAAAAAAGAGCAGUGUGAA